AAGCCACCCCACGCUCCCUCCACCUCCACGGGACGAAGUCGUCUCGCCAUUGGUAUUUAAGAGCGGCCGGAGGUGGGAGGGAGAUCCGGCGAGCUGCUCCUAUAUCCUUCCUCCGCUCUCGAAUCUCGCUCCGGCGCGGCUACCACCCUCGUUUGCCAGGAUGGCGCUCAACAAGGAGUACACGUACGCGGAGCUGGAGAAGGAGCCAUACUGGCCGUUUGAGAAGCUGCGGAUCUCCAUCACGGGCGCUGGCGGGUUCAUCGCCUCCCACAUCGCUAGGCGCCUCAUGAGCGAGGGCCACUACAUCAUCGCCUCUGACUGGAAGAAGAACGAGCACAUGACCGAGGAAAUGUUCUGCCAUGAGUUCCACCUCAUCGACCUGAGGGUCAUGGACAACUGCCUCAAGGUGACCACGGGGGUUGACCAUGUGUUUAACCUUGCUGCUGAUAUGGGAGGGAUGGGGUUCAUCCAGUCCAACCACUCUGUCAUCAUGUAUAACAACACUAUGAUCAGCUUUAACAUGCUCGAGGCUGCUAGAAUCAAUGGCGUCAAGAGGUUCUUUUAUGCAUCAAGCGCCUGUAUCUACCCUGAAUUUAAGCAGUUGGAGACUGUAGUUAGCUUGAAGGAGUCAGAUGCCUGGCCUGCAGAGCCUCAAGAUGCCUAUGGCUUGGAGAAACUUGCUACUGAGGAACUGUGCAAGCACUACACAAAGGAUUUUGGCAUUGAGUGCCGGAUCGGUCGCUUUCACAACAUAUAUGGUCCCUUUGGGACAUGGAAAGGUGGAAGGGAGAAGGCACCUGCUGCUUUCUGCAGAAAGGCUUUAACCUCCACUGGGCGCUUUGAGAUGUGGGGCGAUGGUCUGCAAACCAGAUCCUUCACAUUUAUUGAUGAAUGUGUCGAGGGUGUCCUUAGGUUAACAAAGUCUGAUUUCCGUGAGCCUGUAAACAUUGGAAGUGAUGAAAUGGUCAGCAUGAAUGAGAUGGCUGAGAUAGUCCUCAGCUUUGAGAACAAGCAGCUGCCCAUCCACCACAUUCCUGGACCGGAGGGUGUGCGAGGGCGGAAUUCAGAUAACACACUCAUCAAGGAGAAGCUUGGCUGGGCUCCGACCAUGAAGCUGAAGGAUGGACUAAGGAUCACAUACUUCUGGAUCAAGGAGCAGCUUGAGAAGGAGAAGGCUGAGGGCAUGGAUCUGUCGGUCUAUGGUUCAUCCAAGGUCGUGCAGACACAGGCCCCUGUUCAGCUCGGUUCCCUCCGCGCUGCCGAUGGCAAGGAGUGACCUUGCCACAGCCAGUCAGCCACUCAAGGCCUGGGCAGAGAGCAUGAUAUACCAAGCAUACCCAGUGGUUUCAGUUGUCAUGGUUCUUGUCAUCACCUACACCAUUUCUUGAUUCACUUUGAACUUCCCAAGGGACUGUUUGGAUGGCGGAUAUCUUAUCAGAAAGUUAUGGGAUUUAUCCAAAUUUGGAGUAGAUACAAAACAUUCUGACAAAAUACCCCGUCCAUACACCUAUAGUAAUUUCCAUAUUUUUCUUUCUCUUCUUUGUGUCUAUACUUCAUACGAUAGGGUGUUGUAGGGACCACACAUGUAAACCGGUGUAUGUUUAUUUCACAAUAGCAAUGAAUAAAAUAAAGGCUAACUAUUUCCAUCUGAUCA